UUCACAAAUCUCUCAGCAAGUACUCUGCCGACACGCGGAGGACAACAGAUAGAGGGAGCCAUUUCUGUCCAUUUUCCUUUUUUUUUUCAAUUUCUCUGUCUCCGUUAUUCUAGGUUUUUUUUUUAGCAUUUCUCUCCAUGAUGGCGGAGGACAGCGAAUCUGCAGCAAGCCAGCAGAGUCUGGAGUUGGACGACCAAGAUACUUGCGGUAUAGAUGGAGAUAACGAGGAAGAAAAUGAGCAUAUGCAAGGGAGUCCGGGAGGAGAUCUGGGAGCCAAGAAGAAGAAGAAAAAGCAGAAGCGGAAGAAGGAGAAGCCAAGCUCUGGGGGAACGAAGUCAGACUCUGCAUCGGACUCUCAAGAAAUAAAGGUGCAACUACCCCUGAAAAAUCCUGCUAUACCAAUGCAAAAAUUGCAAGACAUUCAGAGAGCAAUGGAGUUACUAUCAGCUUGUCAAGGUCCAGCCAAGAAUAUUGAUGAGGCUGCCAAGCACAAAUACCAGUUCUGGGAUACUCAGCCAGUUCCUAAGCUUAAUGAAGUUGUUACAUCCCACGGCCCUAUUGAACCAGAUAAGGAAAACAUUCGCCAGGAACCUUACUCUUUACCGCAGGGUUUCAUGUGGGACACCUUGGACCUGAGCAAUGCAGAAGUGUUAAAAGAGCUGUAUACCCUGCUGAAUGAAAAUUAUGUGGAAGAUGAUGACAACAUGUUCCGGUUUGAUUACUCGUCCAGUUUCCUAAAAUGGGCACUGCGUCCUCCCGGCUGGUUACCACAUUGGCACUGUGGAGUCAGAGUUUCGUCAAACAAGAAAUUAGUAGGGUUUAUUAGUGCCAUUCCUGCCAGCAUUCGCAUUUAUGACACUGUAAAGAAGAUGGUAGAAAUCAAUUUUCUAUGUGUGCACAAGAAAUUGCGAUCCAAACGUGUUGCGCCGGUGUUGAUCCGGGAAAUCACUCGAAGGGUGAACCUGGAAGGGAUUUUCCAGGCUGUGUACACUGCUGGAGUGGUGCUGCCCAAGCCAGUGUCCACAUGCAGGUAUUGGCAUCGAUCUUUGAAUCCCAGAAAACUGGUGGAAGUAAAAUUUUCCCAUUUGAGCAGAAAUAUGACUUUGCAGCGAACAAUGAAGCUCUACAGAUUGCCAGAUGCCACGAAAACAGCUGGCUUGCGAACCAUGGAGAAAAAGGAUGUCAAACAGGUGCAGGAACUGCUUGAAAAGUAUGUAAAGCAGUUUCACUUAGGACCGGUUAUGGAUGAGGAAGAAGUGACCCAUUGGUUCUUGCCACAAGAGAAUAUAAUUGACACCUAUGUAGUGGAGGGUCCUGGUGGAGUUUUGACAGACUUUACAAGUUUCUACACCCUACCCUCCACAGUAAUGCAUCAUCCUCUUCACACAAGCCUUAAGGCUGCCUAUUCCUUCUACAGUGUGCACACAGAAACCCCACUCAUGGACCUCAUAAACGAUGCUCUCAUUCUUGCUAAACUGAAAGAUUUUGAUGUGUUCAAUGCACUGGAUUUAAUGGAAAACAAAACAGUCCUUGAAAAGCUGAAGUUCGGUAUAGGCGAUGGUAAUUUGCAGUAUUAUUUGUACAACUGGAAGUGCCCAGCUAUGGAUCCAGAAAAGGUUGCUCUUGUCCUACAAUAGCCAAUUUUGUUUACAGUUACUAGUUAACAACCGAAAAGUGAGCCACAGAUCUACUUUCUUUUAAUCCUGGAUUGCUUCGAGGAAGAUGCACACAACAAACCUGAAACAAUCAAGUGAAUGGAAAUCAUCACUGCACUUAUUCUUCUAGGGUUUGUUUGUUUAACAUGAGAAGGAAUUCAGAUUGCAGCCAAGUGAUGUUUCUUUUAAUCAUACAGACUACAAACACAGAGCUUGCUCCUACAUUGGCUAGGAGUAAAACAAAAAGGAAAAAAAAACUGUCAUUGAUAUUUCUUUUUUGUACAACAGAGGUGCAAUGGUAGAUGAAAGAGAAAGUGUCGCUGGUUUCUAGUUUUAAGCCAGAUAUUUAUUAAAUGUGUUUUGUGCAGUUAAUUGAAAAUAAUGAAGAAUCCAAAGUUUUUUUUUACUACUGUGAUGUCAUUAACUUUGGAGCAGAUGAAAGCUGGUAAAAGGCAGGAUCUGGGGUUUUGCACAACUCUAAAGCUCUAUGAUAAUGUAUUGCCUGUGUUCUUUUUUUUUUUUCUUUUUUGAAGGUAUAUGCUAGAGAUGACCCAUUGAAAUCCAUAUUACAUUUCACAGUGGUUACUCCUUCAAUGCUUGGACAUUUCAUGUAGUUACUGUAAUGGUAAACGGUAUAUUUCAGAUCCCUAAUGUCCGAGUCACAGUCUGCAGUACUCGUGGCUUAAUAUCACAGAUUGCUUUUUUUUUUGUUGCAACAAGUACUGUAUAAUCCACUCAAAAUACAGAUUAUAUUUUGAUUAAAUAUAUUUACAUUAACACAAACACCAGUCAUUUAUUAAUGCAGGCUUGAUUCUAAAGACACAAAAAGUGCUUUUGUUGCAGUACAAGAAAGCAUGUCUAGUUAUUGUACUUGAGGAACCAACAUGAGACAUCUUUACCGGUAUUGGAAGAGUCUUUGUCUGUCCUUUAAUGCCCUGCUGUAUAGUGUUUUGUGCAUAGCAGACAUCCCUGUGUUGCACUGAGCAUAAUAAAGUGCAUUCCAUGCCUGCCUCUUUUGAGGACUUAAUCAGGUCCAGCUCGGUACAACUGAACUCUAGCUGGUCUCCAUGCAUCUGCCUGCCCUUUAUAGAAAAUCUUUAUCUGUUUUCUCUUUGUUUGCAUCUAUAAUAGUGUACAAUUGCUGGUCAUAUUCUGCUGGAAAGAAUGUGCAUUGCUUUUCUCGCAGUCAUUAACUGCAUCUGAUGUGGUUUAGUAUUGAAGCUUGAAGUUUCAAAGGUCAUCAAUCCAAUUAUUAUGGGACGCCUAGUACAGUAUAUUAAAACAAGUCUAAAAGUUGUAUUUUUUAUUUUUUACUUGUGCUGUUUUAUACUUGACCAAUUGCUUUAAUCAUAACUUUGUAAACGUUUUUGACGUGGCUUUGUGAAAUGUGCAAUUUCUUCGGUGAAAGCAGAGUUCCCCAAAGAUUAAUGCCUUGUUUCCAAUAACGGCCUGAACAGGAAAGUAAAAUACAAUCUGGGCUGGCAAUAGGAUUUCAGAUGAAGGCAUCCUUUACAGUUCAUCUCACCGCAGACAGAAUCCAUGCUGAAGUCUAUACAAUUCUUAUUAUUUUCAAUUUCUGAUCUUGUGCAUGUAUCAAGCUCAAUUAAUAAAAUCUGAGCUCUUUGCCUUUUGUCCAUUGGAAAUGGUGUUCUGGGAUGUUAGAGGAAGCCUUUGAGAGUCAUCUACUCAGCUGUAGCAUUGGGCAAAAAAAAAAAAAAAUAGGAUUUCUGUUAAUAGAUGGCAAUUGAAUGAGGGGACCCUGCUGAGUUUUUUUUUUUAACCCGUCAAGUUAUAGCUAUGACAACUACAUGUAUUGUACUACACACAGACCUAUACAAGUCUUAUAUUCUUGUCCCAUGUAAUCCUCUGUUGACAUGCCUGUUUAUUUUUCUGCUAAUUAGAAUGCAUUGGUCAAUCCCAUAUCUAAAACAAUGCUGUCCAAAAAACGAUUUCCUGUACAGGAAUAUAUAAGCAAUUAUUUUGCCUAACUGUUUACCAGCCAUGUCUAGUAGUGCCUAAUACUGUAUAAUUGUUACUGUAUUAAUCACUAUUAGUUGAUGGGCUUAAAACAGACCAAAAUAGCAGAUGUUAUUGUUGCAAUUAUAAUACUGUAUGAUGCACAGCUGUUUGUCUGACUGAAACCCGUGUUUUUUUAAGCCCUGAAUGAUUGUUGAAGGAGAGAAACCAGCACCAUUUAAAGUGACUAAUAUUCAAAUACAUUAUUGUUUCAGAUACAUUUUAGGAUUUACCAGCAUGGAUAUUUGAUUGAAUAAAGUCAUCCAAACUUUGAA